AUGGUCCCAAUAUAUAUCUGGGGUUGCAUCUAUUCAAUUUUAGAUGACAGUCAAUGCAAGAAACUCGCACAACAGGGAUUACCAGCGAGCCCUCCUCCCAAGGCACGCUUUAUAACAUCAAUGGCAGGAGCGGUGACCUUGCUAAUUGGACUAUUUCUGUUUCCUUGGAUAGAUGACUCAAGCAUUCACUGGAUAGUGUGCGAAAUUGGGACUGCGAUAUUUAGAUUUUCUCACGUCUGCAUAAUUUUGAGCAUGGUGAGUUACUUGGUUGACAGCUACACUAGGUGCGCUGCGUCCGCUCUUGCGGCGAACGCUGUCAUCCGAGCUCUCUUUGGCGGCGACUUUCCGAUGUUCAAGACGCCGAUGUAUCAUAAUCUGGAUAUCCACUGGGCUUCUUCUAUACCCGCCUUUUUGGCUGUUGCUUGUCUGCCUUUUCUGUGGAUUUUCUACAAACUCGGUUUCUUCAAUUCGGCGCCAUAUCUAAUAUGCUGCCGUGUCUGCGACAAAACCUGA